CUGGGGCGGAUCCAGCCGGGACCGGCAUCCCAGCAAGAUGGAGAAGGAGGAGGAGACCCGGGAGAUCCUGCUCCCCAACUGGCAAGGCAGCGGCUCCCACGGCAUCACCAUCGACCAGACGGAUGACGGGGUCUUCGUCAAGCGAGUGCAGCAAAACUCCCCGGCCGCCAAGAUGGGCGUCGUGAAGGAAGGGGAUCAGAUCGUGAGCGCCACGGUCUAUUUUGACAACCUGCAAUCCGGGGAAGUGGCGCAGUUGCUCAACAGCAUGGGCCACCACACGGUGGGCUUGCGCUUGCAACGGAAAGGGGACAAGUCUCCGCUGCCGGGACAGUCAUGGGCACACGACGUCUUUGCGGCCAGCAGCCCGGAAGUCGUUCUGAGCGGAGAUGACGAGGAGUACAGGAGGAUUUACACAACGAAAAUCAAACCCCGGCUGAAGUCGGAGGAGGCGGUGGAAGCGGAGUGCGGCGGGACGCAGAGCAGGACCAUUACGGUCACCCGAAAAGUGACGGCGUACACCGUCGAUGUCAGCAGGCAUGACGGAGCAAAAGACGUCGACGUCGUCGGCCCGGACUUUAAAAUCCGGAUCCCGGCCCGGGAGAUCACCCACGUGAUGAAGACCGAGGUUGAAACCGAGCCCGGGAAAACCGGCAGCAAAACGGCACCGGGGGAUCUGCCCGGGAGGAGCGCCCAAGCCACGGACUGGAGCGUGGACAUCAGAGGGGGACCACCGGUUGAAUCUUCUGCCCGGAAGUUGGAUGUCCACCUCGGCGAGGCUCAGUUCGGAAAGGCCGGGAUAACCGUGUCGGGAAGGCAAAUGAUGGGCGUUGACCUGAGGACUCAGCUGGACCCUACGCUGCCGGAGAGCCAAGUUCCUGGUGGGGAAACUGGAAAAUCUGUUAGGGUGGAGAUGCCGGGACAUAAUGUUUCCGGCAGGAUUGAAGCAAAUGGACAGAUGGGGAGCCCGGAGGCAGGUUUUCACGUCAAGGGUCCCAGGCUGGAUGGCAAAGGACACGUUUCGGGCAUGGCGGUCCCAGGGGAGCCGCUGGGGGGGACGCUGUCGCACGCUGAUGCUUCUGCCCCUUGUCUUCAGGGAGAUAUCAAAGCUCCCGGAGCUGACGUUUCUUUACCGGCGAUGGAAAAUCCAGCUGUUGAUGUGGGAAAAAUCAAGAUUCCCGUUUUGAAAAUGCCCAGGUUUGGCUUCCCGACCGCGGGAUCCGGCAUCGACGCCCACGCCCCGCAGGUGGGCACCGACGUUCCCGCGCCGAAGCUGCAGGCUCCGUGCGUGGACGUUGCCUCCUCAUCCAUCCGGGUCGCGGGACCCGAAGUUUCGGUUCCUUCGGUUAAAGUCCCAAAGCCACAGGUGGACGUGGGGUUGAAGGGCGCUGUGAAGGUCCCCUGCCCAGAACUGGAGGUCCCCGGCGUGGGUAUCAAAGGACCCAGCGUCGAGUUCCCGGCUUCCGAUGCAGACGUUCACGGCGGCAAGGGCAAACUCAAAAUGCCGCACAUGACCUUUCCAAAAUUUACUGCCUUGGACUCGCAAGGGGAAGGUCCCGUUGUGGAAAUGGUGUUCCCAAAGGGCCAGGUGGGACCGGCAGCAUCCGAGGUAGACGUUGGCGUUCCCGAUGUGGCCGUCAAAGGGGAAUGGAAAGGCCCCAAGUUCAAGAAGGUUGAAACGCCCCAAAUCUCUCUGUCGGAUGUAAACCUGAACCUGAAAGGCCCUCAGGUGAAGGGAGACCUGGGUGUCACGGUCCCCAGAGUGGAAGGGGACGUCAAAGGACUUGGCUCUAAGGGUCUCAGGAUGGACGCGAAGGCUCCCGAUGUUGAAUUUGAAAGUCCGGGGGCUUAUCUGAAAGGCCCCGGUAUAGCUGCACCGGACACGGACGUUAACGUGAAGGGACCUAAGCUGAAGGGAGAAGUGGAGGUCUCUAUCCCAAAGAUGGGGGACAACUUGAAAGGACCUCAGCUUGACGUUAAAGGCCCCAAACUGGGAAUGGACACGCCUGAUGUAGAUGUCAAAGGCCCCAAAGUUACGGUGCCAGAGGUACAUGGCACGACCCCCAAAAUAUCCAUGCCCGACAUCGACUUGAAUCUGAAAGGUCCCAGAGUGAAAGGAGACGUGGAUCUUUCCGCCCCAAAACUGGAAGGGGAGCUGAAAGCACCUGGACUUGACAUCAAAGGCCCCAAGGUUGACGUUGAAGCGCCGGACAUGGACAUCCACGGCCCAGAGGCCAAACUGAAGAUGCCUAAGCUGAAAAUGUCCAAAUUCGGGGUGCCCGGCCUGAAGGGAGAGGGCCCCGACGUCAACGUGACCCUUCCAAAGGGUGAGGUGGACAUUUCUGGGCCCAAGGUAGAUAUCGAUGUGCCAAGCCUGGACAUCAAAGGGCCUGAAGGAAAAGUGAAGGGCCCCAAAGUCUCUCUGCCAGAUGUUGACCUGAACCUGAAAGGCCCCAAAGUGAAGGGUGACGUGGAUGUUUCCAUUCCCACGGUAGGAGCUGACUUGAAGGGUCCCGGACUUGACAUCAAAGGGCCCAAGGUUGACGUUGAAGCACCGGAUGUGGACAUCCAUGGCCCAGAAGGGAAACUGAAGAUGCCUAAGCUGAAAAUGCCCAAAUUCGGAGUGCCUGGCCUGAAGGGAGAGGGCCCCGAUGUCGACGUGACCCUUCCGAAGGGUAAAGUGGACAUUUCUGGUCCUGGCGUAGAUAUCGAUGCGCCAAGCCUGGACAUCAAAGGGCCAGAGGGCAAACUGCAAGGCCCCAAGGUGAAGGUGCCUGAGAUGAGCUUCAAGACCCCCAAAAUAUCCAUGCCUGACAUCGACUUGAAUCUGAAAGGUCCCAGAGUGAAAGGAGAUGUGGAUCUUCCCGCCCCAAAACUGGAAGGAGAGCUGAAAGCACCUGGUCUUGACAUCAAAGGCCCCAAGGUUGACGUUGAAGUGCCAGAUGUGGACAUCCACGGCCCAGAGGCCAAACUGAAGAUGCCUAAGCUGAAAAUGCCCAAAUUCGGGGUGCCCGGCCUGAAGGGAGAGGGCCCCGACGUCAACGUGACCCUUCCGAAGGGUGAGGUGGACAUUUCUGGGCCCAAGGUAGAUAUCGAUGUGCCAAGCCUGGACAUCAAAGGGCCUGAAGGAAAAGUGAAGGGCCCCAAAGUCUCUCUGCCAGAUGUUGACCUGAACCUGAAAGGCCCCAAAGUGAAGGGUGACGUGGAUGUUUCCAUUCCCACGGUAGGAGCUGACUUGAAGGGUCCCGGACUUGACAUCAAAGGCCCCAAGGUUGACGUUGAAGCACCGGAUGUGGACAUUCACGGCCCAGAAGGGAAACUGAAGAUGCCUAAGCUGAAAAUGCCCAAAUUCGGGGUGCCCGGCCUGAAGGGAGAGGGCCCCGACGUCGACGUGACCCUUCCGAAGGGUAAAGUGGACAUUUCUGGUCCUGGCGUAGAUAUCGAUGCGCCAAGCCUGGACAUCAAAGGGCCAGAGGGCAAACUGCAAGGCCCCAAGGUGAAGAUGCCCGAGAUGAGCUUCAAGACCCCCAAAAUAUCCAUGCCCGACAUCGACUUGAAUCUGAAAGGUCCCAGAGUGAAAGGAGACGUGGAUCUUCCCGCCCCAAAACUGGAAGGAGAGCUGAAAGCACCUGGUCUUGACAUCAAAGGCCCCAAGGUUGACGUUGAAAUGCCGGACGUGGACAUCCACGGCCCAGAGGGCAAACUGAAGAUGCCUAAGCUGAAAAUGCCCAAAUUCGGGGUGCCUGGCCUGAAGGGAGAGGGCCCCGACGUCAACGUGACCCUUCCGAAGGGUGAGGUGGACAUUUCUGGGCCCAAGGUAGAUAUCGAUGUGCCAAGCGUGGACAUCGAAGGGCCCGAAGGAAAAGGAAAAGGUCUGAAAUUUAAAAUGCCGGAACUAAACAUUCAGACGCCAAAACUGUCCAUGCCAGACGUAGACCUCAGUUUGAAGGCCCCCAAACUGAAAGGAGAUGCAGAUAUUUCUGGUUUGAAGAUCUCAGGAGAUCUGAAGGGCCCCAAAAUAGAUGUGGAAGGUCCCAAAGUGGAUGUUGAUAUGCCUGAGGUGGAAUUGGAAUGUCCAGAAGGGAAAAUAAAAGGCCCCAAAUUUAAGAUGCCUAAGCUUAAUAUCAAGGCACCGAAACUAUCCAUGCCAGAUGUAGAUUUGAACCUAAAGGGACCUAAAGUGAAAGGAGAAAUGGAUAUUGCGGCUCCGAAGAUAGAAGGUGAUCUGAAAGGGCCAGAAAUAGACAUCAAAGGGCCUAAACUGGAUGUUGAGGCACCAGAUAUUGAUUUGGAGUGCCCUGAAGGAAAACUCAAAGGUCCCAAAUUCAAGAUGCCAGAAAUGCACGUGAAGGCACCCAAGAUCUCCAUGCCCGACGUGGACAUUAAUCUGAAAGGGCCCAGCAUGAAAGGGGAUAUUGAAGUCUCAGCUCCCAAACUGGAGGGUGACCUGAAGGGUCCCGAGGUGGACAUCAAGGGCCCCAAGGUCGACAUUGAGGCACCUGACGUGGACGUUCACGGCCCAGAAGGAAAAUUCAAAAUGCCCAAGUUCAAAAUGCCCAAGUUUGGGAUGCCGGGGCUGAAAGGUGAAGGCCCAGAGGUGGAUGUGAAACUGCCAAGAGGUGACCUGGAUGUUUCAGGUCCAAAGGUGGAUAUUGAAGGUCCGGAGGUGGACAUUGAGGGGCCAGAGGGGAAGGUGAAGGGCCCCAAGUUCAAGAUGCCCGAGAUGCACAUCAAGGCACAAAAGAUCUCCAUGCCUGAUGUUGACUUGAAACUGAAGGGCCCCAAAGUGAAGGGAGAUGUGGACGUGUCUGUCCCCAAGCUGGAGGGUGACUUGAAGGGUCCCGAGGUGGACAUCAAGGGCCCCAAGGUCGACAUCAAGGGCCCUGAUGUGGAUGUUCACGGCCCAGAAGGAAAAUUCAAAAUGCCCAAGUUCAAAAUGCCCAAAUUCGGGAUGCCGGGCUUCAAGACAGAACGCCCAGAGGUGGAUGUGAGCCUGCCGACAGGAAACCUGGAUGUUUCUGGUCCAAAGGUGGAUAUUGAAGGUCCGGAGCUGGACAUUGAGGGUCCAGAGGGGAAGGUGAAGGGCCCCAAGUUCAAGAUGCCCGAGAUGCACAUCAAGGCACCCAAGAUCUCCAUGCCUGACAUUGACUUGAACCUGAAAGGUCCCAAAGUGAAGGGGGAUGUGGACGUGUCUCUUCCCAAGUUGGAGGGUGACCUGAAGGGUCCUGAGAUUGAUAUCAAAGGUCCCAAAGUCGAUGUUGACCUUCCUGACGUUGAGCUGGAAGGCCCUGAAGGGAAGCUGAAGGGCCCCAAGUUCAAGAUGCCCGAGAUGCACAUCAAGACACCCAAGUUCUCCAUGCCCGAUGUGGACUUCAAUCUGAAGGGCCCCAAGCUGGAAGGUGACCUGAAGGGUCCCGAGGUGGACGUCAAGGGCCCCAAGGUCGACAUCGAGGCACCAGACGUGGACAUUCAUGGCCCAGAAGGAAAGUUCAAAAUGCCCAAGUUCAAAAUGCCCAAAUUUGGGAUGCCGGGCAUCAAAGCGGAAGGCCCAGAGGUGGACGUGAGCCUGCCGACAGGAGACCUGGAUGUUUCUGGUCCAAAGGUGGAUAUUGAAGGUCCGGAGGUGGACAUUGAAGGCCCAGAGGGGAAACUGAAGGGCCCCAAGUUCAAGAUGCCCGAGAUGCACAUCAAGGCACAAAAGAUCUCCAUGCCUGAUGUUGACUUGAAACUGAAGGGCCCCAAAGUGAAGGGAGAUGUGGACGUGUCUCUUCCCAAGUUGGAGGGUGACCUGAAGGGCCCAGAAAUUGAUAUCAAAGGCCCCAAAGUCGAUGUUGACCUUCCUGACGUUGAGCUGGAAGGCCCUGAAGGGAAACUGAAGGGCCCCAAGUUCAAGAUGCCCGAGAUGCACAUCAAGGCCCCCAAGUUCUCCAUGCCCGAUGUGGACUUCAAUCUGAAGGGCCCCAAGCUGAAGGGAGAUGUGGAUGUGUCUGUCCCUAAGCUGGAAGGUGACCUGAAGGGUCCCGAGGUGGACAUCAAGGGCCCCAAGGUCGACAUCGAGGCACCCGACGUGGACAUCCACGGCCCAGAAGGAAAAUUCAAAAUGCCCAAGUUCAAAAUGCCCAAAUUCGGGAUGCCGGGCUUCAAAGCGGAAGGGCCAGAUGUGGACGUGAGCCUGCCGACAGGAAACCUGGAUGUUUCUGGUCCAAAGGUGGAUAUUGAAGAUCCGGAGGUGGACAUUGAGGGGCCAGAGGGGAAGCUGAAGGGCCCCAAGUUCAAGAUGCCCGAGAUGCACAUCAAGGCACCCAAGAUCUCCAUGCCCGACAUCGACUUGAACCUGAAAGGCCCCAAAGUGAAGGGGGGAGCUGAUGUUUCUGUUCCAAAAUUAGAGGGUGAUUUGAAAGGACCCGAUGUGAACAUCAAAGGGCCGAAGUUGGAUGUUGACGUUCCUGAUCUUGAUAUUGAAGGGCCUGAGGGAAAAUGGAAAGGACCCAAGAUAAAAAUGCCCGAUAUGCAUAUUAAGGCACCUAAAUUUUCUAUGCCUGAUGUGGACCUCAACCUGAAAGGGCCGGAUCUGGAACUCAAAGGGCCCAAGGUGGACAUUGAAGCUCCUGACAUAGACAUUGAGGGCCCAGAAGGGAAGUUAAAGGGUCCCAAAUUUAAGAUGCCCGACAUGCAUUUCAAAGCCCCCAAGAUCUCCAUGCCGGACUUUGACCUGAACCUGAAAGGCCCCAAAGUGAAGGGGGAUGUGGACGUGUCUGUUCCAAAACUUGAGGGUGAAUUGAAAGGCCCAGAGGUGGACAUCAAAGGCCCUAAACUGGAUGUUAACGUUCCCGAUGUUGACCUAGAGUGUCCAGAAGCAAAAGUUAAAGGCCCCAAGUUCAAGAUGCCCGAAAUGCACUUCAAGACACCAAAAAUCUCCAUGCCCGACAUCGAUUUGAACCUGAAAGGCCCCAAAGUGAAGGGAGACGUGGAUGUUUCUGCCCCCAAACUAGAGGGUGACUUGAAAGGCCCCGAGAUGGAGAUCAAAGGUCCUAAACUGGAUAUAGAAGCUCCUGAUGUGGAUAUUGAGCUCCCAGAGGGGAAGUUGAGAGGCCCCAAAUUUAAGAUGCCUGAGAUGCAUUUUAAGGCUCCCAAGAUCUCCAUGCCGGACUUUGACCUGAACUUGAAAGGUCCAAAAGGAAAGGCGGAUGUUGAUGUUUCCAUUCCCAAGUUAGAAGGUGACCUGAAAGGGCCUGAGGUUACAGUAAAAGGUCCGAAAGUGGAUGUAGAGGCUCCCGACGUUGAGCUAGAAUGUCCAGAAGGAAAGUUAAAGGGUCCCAAAUUUAAGAUGCCCGACAUGCAUUUCAAAGCCCCCAAGAUCUCCAUGCCGGACUUUGAUCUGAACCUGAAAGGCCCCAAAGUGAAGGGGGAUGUGGACGUGUCUGUUCCCAAACUGGAGGGUGACCUGAAAGGUCCAGAAAUUGAUAUCAAAGGUCCCAAAGUCGAUGUUGACCUUCCUGACGUUGAGCUGGAGGGCCCUGAAGGGAAACUGAAGGGCCCCAAGUUCAAGAUGCCCGAGAUGCACAUCAAGACACCCAAGUUCUCCAUGCCCGAUGUUGACUUCAAUCUGAAGGGCCCCAAAGUGAAAGGAGAUGUGGACGUGUCUGUCCCCAAGCUGGAAGGUGACCUGAAGGGUCCCGAGGUGGACAUCAAGGGCCCCAAGGUCGACAUUGAGGCACCAGACGUGGACGUUCACGGCCCAGAAGGAAAAUUCAAAAUGCCCAAGUUCAAAAUGCCCAAAUUUGGGAUGCCGGGGCUGAAAGGUGAAGGCCCAGAGGUGGACAUCAACCUGCCGUCAGGAGACCUGGAUGUUUCAGGUCCAAAGGUGGAUAUUGAAGGUCCGGAGGUGGACAUUGAUGGUCCAGAGGGAAAGCUGAAGGGCCCCAAGUUCAAGAUGCCCGAGAUGCACAUCAAGGCACCCAAGAUCUCCAUGCCCGACAUUGACUUGAACCUGAAAGGCCCCAAAGUGAAAGGAGAUGUGGACGUGUCUCUUCCCAAGCUGGAGGGUGACCUGAAGGGUCCCGAGGUGGACGUCAAGGGCCCCAAGGUCGACAUCGAGGCACCAGACGUGGACAUUCAUGGCCCAGAAGGAAAGUUCAAAAUGCCCAAGUUCAAAAUGCCCAAAUUUGGGAUGCCGGUCAUCAAAGCGGAAGGCCCAGAGGUGGACGUGAGCCUGCCGACAGGAGACCUGGAUGUUUCUGGUCCAAAGGUGGAUAUUGAAGGUCCGGAGGUGGACAUUGAAGGCCCAGAGGGGAAACUGAAGGGCCCCAAGUUCAAGAUGCCCGAGAUGCACAUCAAGACACCCAAGAUCUCCAUGCCUGACAUUGACUUAAACCUGAAAGGCCCCAAAGUGAAGGGAGAUGUGGACGUGUCUCUUCCCAAGUUGGAGGGUGACCUGAAGGGCCCAGAAAUUGAUAUCAAAGGCCCCAAAGUCGAUGUUGACCUUCCUGACGUUGAGCUGGAAGGCCCUGAAGGGAAACUGAAGGGCCCCAAGUUCAAGAUGCCCGAGAUGCACAUCAAGACACCCAAGUUCUCCAUGCCCGAUGUUGACUUCAAUCUGAAGGGCCCCAAGCUGAAGGGAGAUGUGGAUGUGUCUGUCCCCAAGCUGGAAGGUGACCUGAAGGGUCCCGAUCUGGACAUCAAAGGCCCCAAGGUCGACAUUGAGGCACCAGACGUGGAUGUUCACGGCCCGGAAGGAAAAUUCAAAAUGCCCAAGUUCAAAAUGCCCAAGUUCGGGAUGCCGGGCUUCAAGGCAGAAGGGCCAGAGGUGGAUGUGAGCCUGCCGACAGGAGACCUGGAUGUUUCUGGUCCAAAGGUGGAUUUUGAAGGUCCGGAGGUGGACAUUGAAUGCCCAGAGGGGAAGGUGAAGGGCCCCAAGUUCAAGAUGCCCGAGAUGCACAUCAAGGCACCCAAGAUCUCCAUGCCCGACAUUGACUUGAACCUGAAAGGUCCGAAAGUGAAGGGGGAUGUGGACGUGUCUCUUCCCAAGCUGGAAGCUGACCUGAAGGGUCCUGAGAUUGAUAUUAAAGGUCCCAAAGUCGAUGUUGACCUUCCUGACGUUGAGCUGGAAGGCCCUGAAGGGAAACUGAAGGGCCCCAAGUUCAAGAUGCCCGAGAUGCACAUCAAGACACCCAAGUUCUCCAUGCCCGAUGUUGACUUCAAUCUGAAGGGCCCCAAGCUGAAGGGAGAUGUGGACGUGUCUGUCCCCAAGCUGGAAGGUGACCUGAAGGGUCCCGAUGUGGACAUCAAAGGCCCCAAGGUCGACAUCGAGGCACCAGACGUGGACAUUCACGGCCCAGAAGGUAAAAUAAAAAUACCCAAGUUCAAAAUGCCCAAGUUUGGGGUCCCGGGCUUCAAAGCGGAAGGCCCAGAGGUGGACAUCAACCUGCCGUCAGGAGACCUGGAUGUUUCUGGUCCAAAGGUGGAUAUUGAAGGUCCAGAGGUGGACAUUGAAGGUCCUGAAGGGAAGGUGAAGGGCCCCAAGUUCAAGAUGCCCGAGAUGCACAUCAAGGCCCCCAAGUUCUCCAUGCCCGAUGUGGACUUCAAUCUGAAGGGCCCCAAGCUGAAGGGUGAUGUGGACGUGUCUGUCCCUAAGCUGGAAGGUGACCUGAAAGGUCCUGAGGUGGACAUCAAAGGCCCUAAAGUUGACAUCGAGUCACCCGACGUGGAUAUUCAUGGACCAGAAGGAAGACUUAAGGGCCCUAAAUUUAAGAAGCCUGACAUGCAAUUCCAUGUUCCUCAAAUCUCCAUGCCAGAUAUUGACUUAAAUUUGAAAGGCCCAAAACUGAAAGCUGACGUCGAUGCCUCUGUUCCCAAAAUAGAGGGUGAGCUGAAGAGUCCAAAGCUAGACAUCAAAGGGCCAGAAUUAGAGGUCGAGGGACCGAAGCUCGAUCUCGAAGGAAAGGCUAAAAAAUCCAGGUUUAAACUUCCCAAAUUUGGCUUUUCUGGGCCUAAAGUGCAAAGCCCUGAUGUGGACGUGAAACUUAAAAAACCCGACAUUGAAAUGUCUGGUCCGAAAGUUGAUGUUCACGCUCCGGAUGUGGACGUACAGGCAAAAUCAAAAGGGUCGAAAUUUAAAAUGCCUUUCCUGAGUAUUUCAUCGCCUAAAGUUUCGAUGCCGGAUGUGGAGCUCAAUCUGAAAGGGCAUAAAGUAAAAGGAGAGUUCGAUGUUUCCGGCCCCAAGUUGGAAGGGGAACUGAAAGGUCCCGAGGUGGACAUCAAGGGCCCCAAAGUCAACAUUGAGGCGCCUGAUGUGGACGUUCAUGGGCCGGAGGGUAAAGUCAAAAUGCCCAAGUUCAAAAUGCCUAAAUUUGGUGUGUCUGGGUUUAAGGCUGAAGGACCGGAGGUGGACGUUAGCAUUCCGAAAGGAGAGCUGGAUGUUUCGGGUCCUAAGUUGGAGAUGGAAGGUGCUGGUUUGGAAAUUGAAGGGCCGGAGGGGAAGUUGAAGGGCCCCCAAUUUAAGAUGCCCGAAAUGCACAUCAAGGCACCCAAGAUCUCCAUGCCUGACAUUGACCUGAACCUGAAAGGCCCCAAAGCCAAGGCAGACGUGGACGUCUCCCUUCCCCAGGUGGAUCUGAAGGGCUCCGAUUUGCAUGUGAAAGGACCAAAAGUGGAUGGAGAGGUUCCUGACCUUGACAUUGAAGGUCCCAAAGGAAAACUGAAAGGCCCCAAAUUUAAAAUGCCCGAAAUGAAUAUCAAAGCUCCCAAUAUUUCCAUGCCAGACUUGGAUUUGAAUUUGAAAGGGCCCAAGGCAAAAGGAGGUGUGGACGUGGAGCUUUCAGUGCCCAAACUGGAAGGCGACUUGAGCGCGCCGGACGUUAAUAUCAAAGGCCCAAAGGUUGACAUUGAUGCUCCUGAGCUGGAUGUUGAAGGGCCAGAAGGAAAACUGAAAGGUCCCAAGUUUAAGAUGCCAGAGAUGCACGUGAAGGCUCCCAAAAUUUCGAUGCCUGAUGCCAGCUUAAACCUCAAAGGUCCCAAACUGAAAGGAGACGUAGACGUUUCUGCUCCGAAGCUAGAAGGGGAGUUGAAGGCUCCUGACAUCAAUAUUGGAGGCCCCAAGGUCGACAUUGAUGUGCCAGAUGUGGACAUUCACGGCCCAGAGGGCAAACUCAAAAUGCCCAAGUUCAAAAUGCCCAAAUUCGGGAUGCCGGGCUUCAAGGCAGAAGGGCCGGAGGUGGAUGUGAGCCUGCCGACAGGAAACCUGGAUGUUUCUGGUCCAAAGGUGGAUAUUGAAGGUCCGGAGCUGGACAUUGAGGGGCCAGAGGGGAAGGUGAAGGGCCCCAAGUUCAAGAUGCCCGAGAUGCACAUCAAGACGCCCAAGAUCUCCAUGCCCGACAUUGACUUGAACCUGAAAGGUCCGAAAGUGAAGGGGGAUGUGGACGUGUCUGUUCCCAAGUUGGAGGGUGACCUGAAGGGUCCUGAACUGGAUAUAAAAGGACCCAAAGUAGACAUAGAUGUUCCCGAUGUGGAGAUUGAAGGACCAGAGGGAAAAUUGAAAGGCCCCAAAUUGAAGAUGCCUGAGAUGCAUUUUAAGGCUCCUAAAAUUUCGAUGCCGGACUUUGAUUUGAACCUGAAAGGCCCGAAAGUGAAGGGGGAUGUGGAUGUGGAUGUGGAUGUGCCGUGUGUGGAAGGUGACCUGAAAGGGCCAAAAGUUGAUAUUAAAGGUCCUGAGUUGGAUGUUAAUGUCCCGGAUGUUCAAAUCGAGGGCCCAGAAGGGAAGUUAAAGGGUCCCAAAUUUAAGAUGCCCGACAUGCAUUUCAAAGCCCCCAAGAUCUCCAUGCCGGACUUUGAUCUGAACCUGAAAGGCCCCAAAGUGAAGGGGGAUGUGGACGUGUCUGUUCCAAAACUUGAGGGGGAUUUGAAAGGCCCAGAGGUGGACAUCAAAGGCCCUAAACUGGAUGUAGAUUUUCCUGACGUUGAGCUGGAAGGCCCAGAGGGGAAGGUGAAGGGCCCCAAGUUCAAGAUGCCCGAGAUGCACAUCAAGGCUCCCAAGAUCUCCAUGCCUGACAUCAACUUGAACCUGAAAGGCCCCAAAGUGAAGGGGGAUGUGGACGUGUCUCUUCCCAAGUUGGAGGGUGACCUGAAGGCUCCUGAGAUUGAUAUCAAAGGCCCCAAAGUCGAUGUUGACCUUCCUGACGUUGAGCUGGAGGGCCCUGAAGGGAAGCUGAAGGGCCCCAAGUUCAAGAUGCCCGACAUGCACAUCAAGGCACCCAAGUUCUCCAUGCCCGAUGUUGACUUCAAUCUGAAGGGCCCCAAGCUGGAAGGUGACCUGAAAGGUCCCGAUGUGGACAUCAAAGGCCCCAAGGUCGACAUUGAGGCGCCCGAUGUGGACAUCCACGGCCCAGAAGGAAAAUUCAAAAUGCCCAAGUUCAAAAUGCCCAAGUUCGGGAUGCCGGGCUUCAAAGCGGAAGGCCCAGAGGUGGAUGUGAGCCUGCCGUCAGGAGACCUGGAUGUUUCUGGUCCAAAGGUGGAUAUUGAAGGUCCGGAGCUGGACAUUGAGGGGCCAGAGGGGAAGCUGAAGGGCCCCAAGUUCAAGAUGCCCGAGAUGCACAUCAAGGCCCCCAAGUUCUCCAUGCCCGAUGUGGACUUCAAUCUGAAGGGCCCCAAGCUGAAGGGAGAUGUGGACGUGUCUGUCCCUAAGCUGGAAGGUGACCUCAAGGGUCCUGAGGUGGACAUCAAGGGCCCCACGGUCGACAUCGAGGCACCAGACGUGGACAUUCACGGCCCAGAAGGAAAAUUCAAAAUGCCCAAGUUCAAAAUGCCCAAAUUUGGGAUGCCGGGGCUGAAAGGUGAAGGCCCAGAGGUGGACAUCAACCUGCCGUCAGGAGACCUGGAUGUUUCAGGUCCAAAGGUGGAUAUUGAAGGUCCGGAGGUGGACAUUGAAUGCCCAGAGGGGAAGGUGAAGGGCCCCAAGUUCAAGAUGCCCGAGAUGCACAUCAAGGCACCCAAGAUCUCCAUGCCCGACAUCGACUUGAACUUGAAAGGCCCCAAAGUGAAGGGGGAUGUGGACGUGUCUCUUCCCAAGUUGGAGGGUGACCUGAAGGGUCCUGAGAUUGAUAUCAAAGGCCCCAAAGUCGAUGUUGACCUUCCUGACGUUGAGCUGGAAGGCCCUGAAGGGAAGCUGAAGGGCCCCAAGUUCAAGAUGCCCGAGAUGCACAUCAAGGCCCCCAAGUUCUCCAUGCCCGAUGUGGACUUCAAUCUGAAAGGCCCCAAGCUGAAGGGAGAUGUGGACGUGUCUGUCCCCAAGCUGGAAGGUGACCUGAAGGGUCCGGAGCUGGACAUUGAAGGUCCAGAGGGGAAGCUGAAGGGUCCCAAGUUCAAGAUGCCAGAGAUGCACAUCAAGGCACCCAAGAUCUCCAUGCCCGAUAUCGACUUGAACUUGAAAGGCCCCAAAUUGAAGGGGGAUGUGGACGUUUCGGCACCUGAUCUGGAAGGCCCAAAGGUUGAGGUUGAGGCCCCCGACAUGGACAUCAAAGGCCCAGAGGGGAAGCUGAAGGGCCCCAAGUUCAAGAUGCCCGAGAUGCACAUCAAGGCGCCCAAAAUCUCCACGCCAGACUUCGAUCUCAACCUGAAAGGUCCCAAAAUAAAAGGAGACGUAGACAUGUCAGUGUCAGGAGCAGAAUGUGAACUGAAAGGUCCAGAGGUCAAUAUCGGGGCUCCUAAAUUAGACAUAGGUGCCCCUGAUGUUGAUCUUGACAGCCCCGAGGGUAAAUUCAAGCUGCCGAAAUUCAAAAUGCCCAAGUUUUCCAUGCCUGGCUUUAAAGGGGAGGGAGUGGAUGUGGAUGUGAACCUCCCAAAGGGAGACGUUGACAUUUCGGGCCCCAGCGUAGAUGUAGCAGUUCCCGAUCUGAAUGUGGAUGGAAAAGUCAAAGGUCCCAAAUUUUCCCUGCCCGAAAUGCACGUGAAGGCGCCCAAGGUCUCCAUCCCCGAUGUCGACUUCAACAUCAAAGGGCCUCACCUGAAAGGGGAUAUAGAUGUUUCUGGACCCAGGCUUGAAGGUGACUUGACAGCACCCCAGAUUGAUGUGAAAACCCCCAAAAUAGAUGUUGAGGCUCCCGAUGUGACCAUCGAAGGGCCGGAAGGGAAACUCAAAGGCCCGAAAUUCAAGAUGCCCGAGAUGCACAUCAAGGGGCCCAAGUUCUCCAUGCCCGACGUUGACUUUAAUCUGAAAGGCCCCAAGCUGAAGGGAGACGUGGAUGUCUCGGCACCAAAGUUGGAAGGGGAUUUGCAGUGUCCGGAUGUUGACAUCAAAGGCCCCAAGUUGGACAUUCAGGUGCCCAGUGUGAGCGUCGAAGGGCCGGAAGGAAAACUGAAAGGCCCCAGGAUCAAGAUGCCGGAAAUGCACAUCAAGACGCCCCAGAUCUCCAUGCCGGACAUCGACUUGAACCUAAAGGGCUUGAGGCUGAAAGGCGAUGCUGAUCUUCAGGGCCCGAAGCUCGAGGGAGGUCUGAAGGGUCCUGAAGUUGAUAUUAAAGGCCCCAAAAUAGAUAUCGAAGGCCCGGAGGGCAAACUGAAAGGUCCUAAACUGAAGAUGCCAGAAAUGCACGUGAAUGUUCCUAAAAUCUCAAUGCCUGAGAUAGACUUGAAUUUGAAAGGCCACAAAACGAAGGGAGGCUUCGACGUGUCGACCCCAAAGAUAGAAGGGAACCUGAAAGGUCCCGAAAUUGAUAUCAAAGGCCCAGAAUUCGGAGUCAAAAGCCCCGAAGUUGACGUUGAAUGUCCUGACCUGAACAUUGAAGGCCCCGAGGCAAACGUCAAACUUCCCAAGUUUAAGAAGUCGAAGUUUGGGUUUGGGAUGAAAAGCCCAAAGGCAGAAAUCAAAGUCCCGGGGGCAGAAGUGGAUUUACCUGAGGCGGAGCUGAACGUGGAGUCGCCUGAUGUCAACGUUGCCGGAAAGGGUAAGAAGAGCAAGUUCAAGAUGCCAAAACUUCAUAUGAGCGGCCCUAAAGUCAAAGGUAAGAAAGGCGGGUUCGAUGUGAACGUGGCUGGUGGAGAGCUCGAUGCGAAUUUGAAAUCUCCCGACCUGGAUGUGAACGUAGGUGGGCCGGACGUGACGAUAAAAGGUGAUGCUACGGUGAAGUCCCCCAAAGGGAAGAAACCCAUGUUUGGGAAAAUCUCCUUCCCUGAUGUUGAAUUUGAUCUUAAAUCGCACCGAUUCAGAGGGGAGGCUUCUGUGGCAGUCCCAAAAAUAGAGGGGGAACUUAAAGCGCCUGAUCUAGAAGUCUCUGUGCCAGCUGCCAAAGGUGACGUAAAAGGCCCGAGUCUCAGCGUGGACCUCGAAGCUUCUGACGUGAGCCUGAAGAAGCCGAAGUUCAAACUUCCCGGUGGGCAGGUGGGCGUAGGGGACUUGAAAAUUGAGGGCGACCUGAAAGGACCCACCAUUGAUGUUGCCAUUCCCUCGAUCCCGCUGCCAGACGUCGACUUAAACGUGAAAGGACCAAAAGUAAAAGGUGACAUCAGCGUUCCUGGAGCAGAACUGGAAGGUCCCGAAGGAAAGCUGAAAUUGCCCAAGGUGGGGAAAAUGGGUCUCGGUCUGGAAAUGCCGGAUGCAAACUUGGAUAUCUCGGUCCCAGCCGUGGAAGGAAGCGUGAGCCUCCCUUCGGCCGAUGUGAACCUCCGAGGUAUUGAUGGAAAGUUCAAAGGACCCCAAAUCUCUGGACCCGAUUUUGAUGGAAACCUGAAAGGACCAAAAAUAAAGGGAGCGUUAGACGUUUCGAGUUCUGUGGAAGGGCCAAACGUCAGCCUGGAGGCGCCGGGCAUUGACAUCGGAGGCUUGGGAGGAAAGCUGAAGCUGCCGAAGUUUAAAUCCCCCGCUACGGAGGGACCCGAUCUGAGCGUGAAAGGAGGCGUCGACUGCUCCGUCCCGCAAAUGGAGGUGGAUGCGAAAGCCCCCGGUGCGAAUCUCAAUCUCGGCAUCCCUGGCGUCGAUUUGAAAGGGCCCUCGGUGGACGUUUCUGCCCCGGCUUUGGACGUAAACCUGCAAGGACCAACGUUGAAAGGAGAUCUCGAUGUUUCUGCUGGCGUUAAAUCCCCCAAAGCAUCAGUGGACGCCUCCGACGUCGGCUUUGAAAUUCUGGGUGGCACUAUCAAGCUCCCGUCCCUCAAGCUCCCCCAGUUUGGUAUUUCCAGUCCUGGCGUGGAUGGAGGCGACGUAGGCGUCAGUCUUGAAGGUCCCCAAGUGAAAGGAGGCCUGAAGAGCUCAGGGGCUGCUGUUGGGUUGGAAGGACCCGAUGUGGAAUUGAAAGGGCCUAAAUUUCAAACGCAGUCAGCCGGCUUUUCCCUGCCGGACGUCGACCUGAAGCUGAAAGGACCAAACCUCCGGGGAGACGUCGACGGUGAAAUCAAAGGUCCGAAAGUCAGCGUGGAAGCACCUCGUGUCGACAUUAAAGAGCCUGGAGCGGGCGUCCACCUUGACGCUCCCACCUUGGACGCGUCUGCGCUGAAAGUUUCCGGGUCGGGUUUUAACGUCAACGUAAAAGGGCCGAAGAUCAAAGGUGGCGCCGCCGUCUCCGGAGAGGCGGCAGCACCGGCUGUGAGUGCCGGCGGGGGAGCUUUCCACGUUACCGGCCCGAAGGUAGGAAUCGGAGGCCCCAGCGUCACCGCGAGCGUCCUGCAAGGCAGCCCAGAAAGCAGUCUGGGAAAAGUAUCGUUCCCCAAACUGCGAAUGCCUAAAUUCAUGUUUUCAGACCCCGAGGUGAAGAGCAGAGAGAUGGGGGUCGAUGUCGAGUUCCCCGGGGCGGACGCUAACCUCCAGGCUGGCGCGGCCGAGCUCGAGUCGGAGGAGGCGGACGUCAGAUUGAAGAAAUCCAAAAUCAAAAUGCCCAAGUUCAAUUUUUCCAAGCAGAAGGGGAAGAGCAGCGGUGCCCUGGGCUCUCCGGAGGUUUCUGGGUCCGUUUUGGGAUCGAAAGGUGACCUGAAGAGCUCCAAGGUCAGCUUGGGGUCCGCAGAAGGCGAGCUCGAUGGGGGAGAGGGUCCGUCGGCCAAAGGGAAGUUCUCCCUCUUUAAAAGCAAGAAGACGCGUCACCGGUCGUCGUCCUUCAGCGACGAGCGCUCGUCCCACUCGACACCAACGGGAACGCUGGAGCUGGAUAUCGGCUCGGGCCCCGAGAAGGGGAAACAGGGCAAAAUGAAAUUCGGGACGUUCGGGGGGAUCGGCUCCAAAACUAAAGGUUCUUACGAGGUGACGGGAAGCGACGAGGAGAUGGGGAAGGCGCAAGGCAGCGGGGUCUCGCUAGCAUCCAAAAAAUCCCGCUUGUCCUCCUCCUCCAGCAACGACAGCGGGACGAAGGGCGGCUUCCGCAUGCCCGGGGUGGAGCUGACGGUGGCCAAGAAGAAAGAAUAACGCGGCUGUACAUAGGUGCCUGUGUAUAUAGGUAGCCCGUCCCGGGUUUGUAUAUACAUUUUUUUGUAGCUUGGGCUACUUUCAACCUCCGCGAGCGAGCAGGGGCGGGUGGGAAGCGUCGCGGCGGGCGCUGGGGGGGGUCCACGGUCGCUCCAGCCACGUGGAAGCUUCUCCGCGCUCGAGCCGUCGGCUUGUGCAUGAAAUGCCGCGAGCUUAAGUUUACUAGCAAGCUAUUUUUGAUAAUUUUUUUUUCCCCCCAUUUUACUGAAUAUUUUCAGUGUUCAGUUCGUGGAAACGAGGUUGGUUUUGGGUUUUUUUUCCCUCCAUCUUAACGAUUUUUUUUUUUUUUUUGGCUUUUAUUUGCGGGGCUGAAACGUCUGUCAAACCAAUCUCUCUAUUAAAAAAAAAAAAACACCCCCCCAAAAAAAAAAA